CGGAGCUGGGUCUGAGCUGGAGCCGGGGAGGAGGGAGGUGUCAGGCACGUAGGUGUGAGGGGAGGAGGGGGAGACUUUUUAUCCCCAGGACAGGUCCCGCCUAGCCAGGCUUCCCCGCUUGUGCUUUGAGGGGCGACGGGGGAUGGGAGGAGGGAUCAUUCUCCAUGGGCAAUUCAAGCCUUGGCUUCUUGGCUUGAUCCUGCCACCCGAGAAAGUAGAUGAAGGGCCAGUGGGUUGUUUGUGAAGUGAAACCAUUGUUCACCCGACUGAGAUCACCAAACUCGUCUUGGACAGCUAUUAGAUGAGAGCCCUGAAUCAUGCGUCUUCAGGUGUUUCGUUUGGUUUCUCAGUAUUUAAUUUAAUGAAUGCAAUCAUGGGAAGUGGAAUACUUGGUUUAUCCUAUGCCAUGGCCAACACAGGGAUCAUUGGAUUUAGUAUCUUGCUGCUGAUUGUUGCCAGCCUUGCUUCUUACUCUGUAUUUCUGCUGCUUAGUAUGUGCAUUCAGACUGCUGUCACUUCUUAUGAAGAUCUUGGUCUCUUUGCGUUUGGAUCACCUGGGAAGGUUAUUGUGGGAAGUACGAUAAUUAUUCAGAAUAUUGGAGCUAUGUCAUCUUAUCUUCUAAUUGUUAAAUCUGAACUGCCUGGUGCAAUUGCAGGAUUCAUAAGUGGAAAUGACAGCGGGUCAUGGUAUCUUGACGGCAGAGUUCUGUUACUGAUUACUUCAGUCUGCAUUGUUUUUCCUCUUGCACUUCUUCCAAAAAUUGGCUUUCUUGGCUAUACAAGUAGUUUAUCAUUUUUCUUUAUGGUGUACUUUGCUCUUGUGGUUGUAAUAAAAAAAUGGUCCAUCCCUUGUCCACUGACAUUAAACAGCCCUAUAGAGAUCUUACAGAUUUCAAAUUCUACUGAGGAUUGUAAAGCAAAGCUCUUUCAUUUUUCUAAGGAGAGUGCUUAUGCCAUUCCAACCAUGGCCUUCUCGUUUCUCUGUCAUACCUCAGUAUUGCCCAUUUACUGUGAGCUCCGAAGUCCAUCAAAAAGCAGAAUGCAGAAUGUAACCAACACAGGAAUUGGUCUGAGUUUCCUACUCUAUUUUGUGUCUGCCUUGUUUGGGUACCUUACUUUUUAUGACAAAGUGGACUCAGAAUUACUUCAAGGUUACACCAGGUACCUGCCGCAUGAUAUUGUCAUCAUGACUGUAAAACUAGGCAUGUUAUUUGCUGUGAUUUUGACAGUGCCUCUAAUCCAUUUCCCUGCAAGGAAGGCUGUAAUGAUGAUAUUUUUAUCUCAUCUUCCUACUUCAUGGAUUUGCCAUAUCCUUGUCACUUUAGCACUCAAUGCAAUCAUUGUUUUGCUUGCAUUGUUUGUGCCCGAUAUUAGAAAUGUAUUUGGAUUAGUUGGCUCUACCACAUCUACGUGUUUGCUCUUUGUGUAUCCUGGACUGUUUUAUCUUAAACUUAGCAGGGAGGACUUUAUAUCACGACAGAAGCUUGGGGCUUGUGCAUUGUUUAUUUUUGGCAUACUUAUUGGUCUCUUAAGUUUAGCCUUAAUCAUUUUCAAUUGGAUUAAUCAAUAAAAUCCCUUCCAUUGCUUCUUGAGCUGGACUUGAGAGAGACAAUUCUCAGCAACAUAUUGCAAAUUCUCAACUGAAUGCUGGACAUCUUCAAGAAGAAACCCUUCAAAAGCUGUGUAUGAAACAAGUAACAUUUUGUUUGUUUACUCUCAUGUCCAUUUCUUUGACUGGUUUACUUCUCGCACAAUUAAACUCUUCCAUUCUACAAAUAUAUUAGUCUUAAAAUGACUUCACAUGACCCAGGUGAAGAGGUCACUUUAUGACACGACAUUAUAUAGUGUGCUUACAAUGCAAAAAAUAUUUUGUUUCAGGCUUUCAGAUUUUAAAGGGUCAGAGGUCUGCAUCUGAACCUGCCCUAACACCCUGAGUUCUGGCUUGGAUUCAGCUGAUUUCCCUUGAGAUGGGCAGAUUUUACAAAAACUUGUGCAUUCAUAAUAUUGAAAGUCUCACAACAGCAGUUAUAAAAGGAUUUGCAUCACUUUCAUUAAAAUAGCUUUCAAAAUUUUACCACCCUCGUAUUGAAAUCUUGAAGCUGAUUUGGUCUCCACACUGUUACCCUACCCAACAGGAAGAUUUCCCCUCCCACCAGCGUAUUCCUCUAUUUGAAAUUGCACUUUUAAAUUAUGUAUAGUUUAUACUUCACUGGAUUUAGGCCUUCUUGGAAUGAGUCUGUCAAAUAAACUCUGUGCCCUUCUAGGAUAUUUGUUGUGUAUUUCGGAAGCGCUAGCAAUCACUGUUUUGCACUUAAGAUCUUCCAGCAUUUCAAUUACAAAUGCCAAUUUUUGAAUAUUGGUCACCUAAUAUGAGUAUUCAAAGCAUUAGAGGCCUGAUUUUUUUUUAACCCCCCCCAACACACACAUGUGUAACUCAAUUAGCUUCCAUAAGUACUCAUAAGUACUACAGCAAGAAGGAACCAUUAUGAUCAUCUAGCCUGAUUUGCAUAAGACAGGCCAUAAAACUUCAUUCAAUGAUUCUGACUUCUAGCCCCAUAAUUUAUGGUUGAACUAGAGUGUGUCUAAAUUUUACACUGACGUAAGUUAGAGAAGAAUCAGACUCCAAGAGUGAAAUCCUGGGACUAUUGAAGUUAAUGAGACUUUUGCCAUAUAAGACCAGAGUUUCACCCCACAUCGCUAAACCCUUACAUAUCCCCUUCUGCACUCUUUAUGCUUAAAAUGAAAUAUGAUGGCCAUUUUCAGCAGCAGUUGGACUUCCUCUGAGCUCUAAUCCACACAAUGCUAAAAAUGGUAUUGGCAGCCCAGAGCCAACAUUGCUUACACCAGAGGAGCUGAAACAGUGAUAGGAAUGAUGGUCAAUUUUUUGAAAAUUUCUUUGUUGUUGAGAAUAUCGUUUAAAAUGAAAAUGCUCUAAUCUAUAGAUUUUUUUUUAUCUUCUAAGGAAGUUAAGAAGAUAAAAUGAGACCUACAUAAAGUUAAGUAAUUAGUCCUCAGACUGGAGCAGCAAGAUUUAGAGGCUUGGAAACUUCACUAUUUCCAGAUGUGAUAUUUCUUUUAAUUUGAUUGGCUACUUACUGUUACAUCUGAAAUGUAAAAUAAGAUACAAAAGUGAAAUGCUCUAAAGUAACAUUUAUGCAGUUCAGCUGUAUUUUGCAACUUUAAUUUAAAAUAAACUCAGCUGACACAAUUUUCAGUUGUGCAGUUGAGGGAAGUCGAUGCAAAGAUAGCUCUGAUCGCCAGCUCUAGUCCUGGGCCAACAGAGGGCUAAACAGGACUGCUUCAACUUCCAACCGCAAGAAUGGGUACAGACCAUUCUGCCAGCCCAGGAUUCCUCCAUGCCAAAGAGAAUUCUCAGCUACCCUUUCGUCUGUCUCUAUAGCAGAGUCAGUGUGCUGCUUUGAUGGAGCAAAGUGACCUGAUCAGGGCCCAGGAUCUGACCUUAGGAGUUUCUGUAGCAUAUUUCUCUUGUCUUCAUGAAUGAACAUAAUAUAUCUCAUGAAAGUUUACGGUGUAGCCUUGAGCUGAAACAAACUGUUGGGGAAAGUUUGGGUACCUCUGAACAUAAGAAGUUUCCUGCCUCCUUUGAUCAAGGGAUUGGCAGUGUGGAUUACUGUGGAAGCCUAGAACAAACACAUGAAGGAGGCUCUCUGUCCUGCCAUUGAUCCCUCUUGCAAUUAUUCCCACAUUUUACUCCUGAUAAACAAAUAUCACUAUCUUUUCUUUCCAUGGUAUGUCUUAAGUUCCCCCUUCUACUAAAUGUUCAGCUGUUCAGAUAUUUCAAUGAGCGGUGUAAAAACCUAAAUCUUGGGUAACCUAAACCUUGGAUAGAUGUUACCCAGCCAUCUUGAGUAAAUGCGACAGUAGGGACAGUUGUGAAUCAGCUACUUGUUUUUCAUAUGUGGCCUGAUCCAAAGACCAUUUGAAGUCAAUGAGCAUUGUUCUAUUCAUUUGAAUGAGCGUUGGAUCAGUCUCCAUGUUUACUUGUAGCUUUUUUGCAAGGACACUAAUAAUCUACAAGAAUAUUAAUCAAAAUCAGGGGAAUUUCUGUGGGAAUUCUUUAUUUCACAUACUACUUUGCCCUACUCUCAUAUCUUAAUAUCUAGUAAUAUCUGCAAGACAUGAUUAUGGUAAUCUAAAAAGGUAUUUUAAACUGCACAGUAAGUUAACAUUAAAAACUUAACUGGGUGAACUGGAAAGCUUAUAAAAACCUGGCAAGAUCUGCAGUUUUCUUAUACCUACCUGGAAAAAAAAAAUGAGUGUGUCCAGCGUUAAAUUUAAUAGCCUGCUCUUCUGAAAGGACUGGAUUUACAAUGGGGUUUGUGUGCAUAAUUUUGAAGAAUGCAGCUAAGGAAAUAUCUGAAAGCAUAUGAACAUACCAAUGCUAUAUUUGUAAUGGUUUCCCAUUUAAAAUACCAACUUUACACUGUAAUCUAGGUAAACAUGACACUUUUAACAUGGCUGGGUACAGCCAAAUAGUUAAGCUUUUAAAUGGCUAAUACUAGUUUGUGAAGUUAAUACUCCAUUAAGGGGAAUGGAAGCAAUUCACACCUCCGUUGGAGCUAUAUUAUUUCAGUUUAGGUGCAGAGUAUUGCAGACAAGACAGCAGUGCAUUGAUUUAUAGUAUGAGGGUUAUCUUCACAAGGAGAAGAUUUCAGAGUAGCAGCCGUGUUAGUCUGUAUUCGCAAAAAGAAAAGGAGUACUAGUGGCACCUUAGAGACUAACCAAUUUAUUUUCUUUUUACAAGGAGAAGAGUUACAAAUGUUUCUUUUGAAAAGAAAUACAUCUAUAGGAAAUUAAGUUUGGCAGAACCUAAAAUCUGGAGAAAUAACCUCAGUUUCCAGAACACUGACACUUCUAUUGUCCUUGCUCAUAUGCUUGCCUAUAUUGUGGGAGAGUCCCUCGAUAAAAGCUACCGUUUCUCUCCCCUCAUUAAUUAUAUCAAAAAAGGAAAAAAGGAGUUUGCUUGUACUCAUUGAAACAUGUUUUUAGUUUUUGUGAAAUGCUGACAUUUUUCUAUAUUUUAAUCAGUGCUAUCUGGUAAGCAGUUUGCCUCUUAAUAUUUACAUAGUGCUUUGUUUUCACAGCACUAGAAAUGUAAUCUAAUUAAAAUUCUCUGCUGUAUAUAUCCCUGUAUGUUUAACACAGUUGAGUUUCUUAUGCCUUUUGUUUCACUACAUAGUAGAUCUGAGGCCUCGUCUACACUACUGUGGUAAGUCGAGCUAAGUUACACUACUCCAGCUAUGUGAAUAAUGUAGCGUAGGUCAACUUACUGUGGUGUCUAUACUGCGCUGCAUCGACGGCAGUACCUUAAUCUUCUCGUUCCGGUGGAGUACCGGAGUCAACUGGAGAGCACUGUGUGGUCGAUUUAGCGAGUCUAGUGAAAGACCUGCUAAAUCAACCCCCGCUGCAUCAAUUGCAGCAGCAUCAAUCCCCGGUAAGUGUAGACGUGGCCUAAGAUGAACUGAAUAGUCAUGUUAUGACCUAUAUUUUUGUAUAACAUUCCCAUUAUUUUCAGUUGGACUGUCACUGUGCAGAUAUUGUUUUUAGUUUAACAGCCCAGCUACUUAAAUAUGCAUGAUAUGGGAUGGAAUGUAUAGUGUUCAUUUCUGAUAAGAAAUGUGGUGGGAAUUGUCCCACUUUUUGGAGGAUUCCUUCCAUGCAGUGCUUGGAGGCAUGCCUGGCCAGAAUUCUGAAGUAAUUUAAUAAAUGUCUGAUCAAUUUGAAUACAUCAUAUUUCACACUCAAGAACAGUAGAAAUUACGUCCUACUAACUAUAACAAAAUAAUUAUGUACUGUUGCAAUGCAAUUGCUAUCGUUUUUGUCACUGUUAUGGUAACACCCAUUUUGAGAAACGUGCUUAAACAGCUGAUGUUUACAUUGUUUUCAUGAGAGAGAAAACGAGCUCACAUCCAAUUCAUACAUUUCUUGUGCUCUGUGGAAAUGUCAUUUUAUGUGGGUAAAAAUAGUGUAUAAAUUUAGUUCAUGAAGAUCAUUUUUAAAAACACUGUGAAGCACCUAUUUUACUGGAGACACUAACAGUAUAAAACUGGCUCAGAAUCAGGGCCCUCGUUAUGAAGACAGUUUUGCCAAAUGUGAAUUGUUAUUUUUUUUUCUUUCUACGAGGUAUGAAUUUCUGUGUAUGUGCAAAUAAACUAUGCAACAAUGUA